AUGAAGUUACGGAGUGAAAAUCAAUUUCCACCUCUAACAGUCGAAACGACAGUGAAAAUUCCAGUGCCUUGUGUUGAUAGAGGAAAAGUCGAUGCAAAUAAUUUGUUAGGUGUUAUAUUAAUUGUUACUGAUGAUGGAUUCUAUAAAAUAGGAACCAAAAAUGGAAUUUUGUCAUCACUUUAUGCCAGAAACCAAAUAUUUCAAUGCAAGGAACAAUUUAUUAGUAGCAAUGAUGUACCGAAUAUCGAAAUACCACUGAGGACUGCUAGUACUCAAAAUUCAUUAACUGGAAGACAAGGGCAAAACUAA